AUGCAUGCACGCACUCGGCCUGCCAUGCCUUGCCAACUCGCUAGCUCCGGGCUCUUUACGCACUCUGGACGCGUGCCGCUUCGCCUGACUUGUCUGCGUAGGAUUCGUCCCUUACAGCGCGUCGCCCCCUCGGCCCUUCCGCCGUCGGUUCCGUUGGGAACUGCUAGCAUUGCUUCGAUCGGCUUCGCCCUUCCUUCGCACCCUGGCGCCACGCGCUUCUCAGAGCUCCAGCAGCCACGCGCUUCCAUCUCCCGACGUGGCGCUCGCUCUGCUCGUCUCAAAGAUGCAGCUUCUUCGCCUUCCGUGCAUCGGAAAGCACGCCACUCGCAACAGCCACCCUGCCUCGUCAACUCUACUGAUCGCCGCCCUGCAGCCAAACGCGGCUUCCAUUCGCGCUCCUUCCCGACUGGCGUCCUUCUAAUGGCGCCUCGCCGCGGUCACGUGGCCACGUCCCUCUCCAACAACGUCCCGACUUUCCGCUCGCAGCCAUCCUCUUCCCCUGCUAUUGGACUGUCGUGGUCAGCCGCGGUCGGUCUCGAACGUGAAUGCACUUGA